UAGUCCUUUUUUUGGAGAAAAUAAAUCAGCUGUUUGAAUUGGAGCAUUGGUCUGUUUAGAUAGAAAUUUAGAUAACGUCAGUUUUUAUCUUACGAGUUACGAAAUGGCGACAGCCAACGACUUAGAAGAUUUUACAACAUGUGGUGUUUGUUUAUGUGAAUUUGACGACAUAAAUAGGAUACCAAAAUUUCUCCAAUGCUCUGCACGCCAUACAGUCUGCCUUUCGUGUCUAAGGAAAAUUAUUAAAAAUGCAACAGUAUCCUGUCCAUUUUGUCGCGAAAACUUCUCCGUGGCUGAUGUUGCUAGGCUGCCCAGCAAUGGUUAUGUUCUUCACAUGCUGAAAUUUGGAAAACAGAAAGGGAAUAAACCCAUCGACAAGAAGGUUCUAGGUCCCAGUGUUUGCCCGACUUGUGGAUCAGGAAUCAAGUCUGAUGCAGGAAUUAAUCAAUUGGCCACCGCCAUUGACAAACAAAAAGAGGCUCAGAAGCAGUUGGGAGCCGUUAUGAAAUCCAUCCAAGCAGCGGAAGAAGAAGUAAAGAAACUUCAGGAAGAAAAUGAUUUUAAAUUGACGCAAAUGGUUUCUCUGAUGGAAGUGAAAGACAAUUUUGCCUUGAAGGACAGUUCUGUUUUCAUACUCAGAGUUUAUAAGUCUGGUCAGCCAAAAGGAGAGAUUCACAUAAGUCCUAACAUAUCACGUGCUACCACACAUUUUCUUAAAAAGUUGGGUGAAUUUUGUUACAAGUCUCCUAUAAAUUUUAACAGCACUGUUGACAAGGCCAUGCCAGGAGUUUUUGUUUUACUGUCGAAUGAGAACUCACAAUUUCUGCCUGACUCAAGUGACAUCAACAACUUCUCCGUGGAACAGGCUUGCGAUUACGGCGAGGUCGGUAUAACUUCGAUUUAUUCUUCGGGCAAUAAAGUUACGGAAUGGAGCUUCGUCUUCAUACUGGAAGAUAACGAAACGUUCAUAGAACGCGAUAACCUGCCCGAAAACGUAUCGAACGACUGCGAGCUCAUUGGCCACGUUAGUUGUUAUGAUGUACUGGAACAAUUGAGCAGGGCUCGUAAGUCAGCAAGAACAAACUAUACUUUUACGUUGGAAUCCAGAUAAUUUCAAAAGGCUUUCUUUUUGUAUGAAUCAAAGAAAAAUGAUUUACGUAGUGUACCAAGAGAGUGAGUUUUUUAAUUUCGUUAUUACUAACAAAACAGUUGCUUUUUGUAGAUCUUUUUCAACAUAAUAUGAUGAAAUGUUAUGCGUUUUUAAACCAUUGUUAUUUGUCUAUUAUACAAACUGUCACACAGAUCAUGCAGACACAGAUUUCUUUAGAAUAUCCUAUACUAACCGCAACUUCUUAAAUUUUCUUGGCUUGAACUGUGAGUUGUGAAGUGAUUGCCGUAUGUUAGAUUAUGCAGCAUUAUGUGGUAGCUAAUCAGAAAGAUAAGUGUUAACGUUUAGUGCUGCAGGUUCACGCCUAUACAGUCGCUUGUCUAACAUCACCGCCGCUGCAGCUGAUAAGAGCGCGUACUAGUGUGCAAUUGAAGACGAACACAGUCGAAUGUUGACCAUAAUUGAAAUGGCCAGUGAAAAUGAAUUGGAAGAUUUCGUGACUUGUGGAGUUUGCUUGUGCGAAUACGACGAAGUCAAAAGGAAACCGAAAUUCCUCCAAUGUGCACACACCGUUUGCUGCGAGUGCCUUCAAGACAUUCGUCAAGAUAACACUAUUCCGUGCCCCUUUUGUCGCAAAAUAACUUCCAAGGACCCCAGUGAACAAGGAGAAUGGAUUCUACCCAACAAUUCUUAUGCCUUACAAAUGCUCAAACUUAUCAACCGAUCAAAACCCGUGCUGAAUGUUGCAAAACCAGUGGAACCAGAAGAGGAGGAUGUCCAACUGAAGGCUGUUCUAGCCAUGAGUUAUAUAGAGAUGGAAACAAGGAAAAACCAAGAAGCUUUAGAAGAAGUUAUGCUUCAAAUUGUGAUUAACCAAAGUCGACAGCAGGCGGUUGCUGUCGCCCCAGAGACCAGUGUGAAGCUUCAACGUCUGGGGCCAGGGGCUCGGGUUGUUCGUGGAGUUGACUGGAUGUGGGGCGACCAAGACAUUGCAGGAAAUUCGACUGAGAGGCAGGGAGGCACCGUGACGAGCGACUUAGUCAACGGUUGGAUAUCCGUCACCUGGGACCAUGGUGGAUCCAAUACAUAUCGCAUGGGUGCCAAAGGCAAGUAUGAUUUGAGAGUCAUUACUCCGAAUAAGUCCACAUCGCCGGAUAAAUGUUAAGAUAUAUAAUUGCUAAGGUUUGUUGUGCCUUAGAAUCAUCUAUCCCAAAUAAACUGACACAUCAA